AUGGUGCUUCAAUACAAAGUCUUUUUCAGCAAGCGUCAAGGAGUGAAUCGGACUGUGCCGGCUGGACUCGAUGACUUGAAAUGGGUCCCGACCAGUUCGACUUUGAUAUAUGGCGAGAAGGAUGCUGUCUUGGUCGAUACCCAGUUGACAGUCCAGGCCAUCAACGAGCUAGUGGACUGGACCGUUGCAAGCGGAUUAAAUGUAACUUGGAUCUACAUUACCCACCCGCAUGGCGAUCACUUUUUCGGCAACGCAGCUAUCCUGGACAAGUUUCCUAAUGCCAAAGUGGUGGCUGCGCCUGAGGUUGCCGCUGGUAUGGUAGGAGAAGCAUCAGCAGAGCGACAGCAGAUGUGGAAACGCCUAUUUCCGGGACAGAUCCCGGCGAAGAUCCCCACAGACAGAACUGUCGUUAGGAACGAAUUCGAGCUUGAGGGAGAAAAGCUCAUGGUGGUCAGGACCGGCCACACCGAUACGGACAAUACCACUACGCUCUGGGUCCCUUCGAUACGCUUGGCAGUUGUCGGCGACGCAGUCUACAACAACACCCACCCGUUCCUGGGCGAUUCACCCACUAAGGAAUCGAGACUGGAAUGGAUCUCUGCACUUGACAAGAUUGCAAGCCUAAACCCGAAAGUGGUGAUCUCGGGGCAUGGAGACCCCAGCAAGGGUUUCACCCCACAGGCCAUAUCUGAUACCAAGGCAUAUUUGGAGGAUUUUGAGCGGCUGCAUGAAGAAACCAAUACCCCAGAGGAGCUGUAUUAUGAAAUGCUUAAACUUCAUCCUGGCCGACUGAAUCCAGGGUCCCUAUGGGGUGGAUCCAACUUGGUUAAAAACAAAGGCAAAGCAUAUUGA